AUGACUGAACAGGAAAGCGUUGAACCAAAAGUAUUUCAAUGUUCUCUAUGUCCAUUUUAUGCUGCAUAUGAUCGAUACGAUUCAAAGUAUAUUGAUGAAUCUAUUCCGUCAUCUGUAUCAACAACACAAAAUACUAAAAAUAAAAAAGAACCAUCUAUAACAAUUGAUUUGAUUGAAAAAGUAUAUCUUCUUCGUGAUCCAUUUGUUGCUAUCAAAGAUAAAGAAGAUAAAAAAAAAUUAUCAUCAUUAAUUAUUGGUUCAAUAUGUUCUGUAUGUUCAUGUCCAGUAUGUGUUCAUUCAGAUUGUAGUUUAUUUUAUACAAGAAGAUUUUGUUUAAAAUGUGUUGCAAAAUAUCGUGAUGAAUUUCCACGUGAAAUUCUUGAUGAAAUUGGUACCAAACGAUUAGAAAAAUAUUUAAAUGAAGAUCUUGAACAAUAUGAUGAAACUUAA